UUCCUGGUCGCGGCCUCUUGCGCGAGUUUGCAGGAUGUUUGAGCGGCUCCCGGGCCUCCCCUGCUGAGCUGUGACAGUGGGAGCUGAAGAUUUUAACUUGUAAGAGGAAUGUAAGACCUUAAUCUCACGACGCACUGUCUUUGGACCGAACAUAUCUGUGGUGCUCACAUGGAAACUGAUGGAUUUGUGAGGAAGCGGCGGAUGACAGCGGAGUCGCCAGGCUGGGACCCAGGGGUCGCUGGUGCCUCGGCAGGGGCAGAAGUCCGUUUGCUCGGAGGCAGGUUUUGGGGAGUUUCGGAAAGCAUUGUUGGGUCUCUGACACCCCGAAUCGGUGGGGAGACGGAAAUUCAGACUGUUGAUAUAAUCCGUGUUGCAACAGAACAAACCGAGGACCAUGAGCCAGACUAUGAGGGGCUGCCACAGGGCGCUUCCACAAGGACUCACAUGUUGGCUGGAGCCGUGGCAGGGAUCAUGGAGCACUGUCUUAUGUUUCCUGUUGACUGUGUCAAGACACGCAUGCAGAGCCUUCAGCCUGAACCAGCCGCUCGAUAUCGAAAUGUGAUGGAUGCUCUUCGACGGAUUAUAGCUACAGAGGGGCUGUGGCGGCCAAUGAGGGGGCUGAAUGCAACAGCUAUAGGGGCAGGACCUGCCCAUGCUCUAUACUUUGCCAGCUAUGAGAAACUCAAAAGGACUCUCAGUGAUGUCAUACACCCAGGAGCUAACAGUCAUUUGGCUAAUGGAGCUGCUGGUUGUGUGGCCACACUGCUUCAUGAUGCAAUAAUGAAUCCUGCUGAAGUGGUGAAGCAGCGCAUGCAGAUGUACAACUCUCCAUACAGGGGCGUGUUGGACUGUAUUGGUGCUGUGUGGCAGAAAGAGGGUGCUGCUGCGUUCUACCGCAGUUACACUACUCAGCUCACUAUGAACGUGCCCUUCCAGGCUUUCCACUUCAUGACAUACGAGUACCUCCAGGAGCGGCUCAACCCUCACAGACAGUACAACCCUUCCUCUCACAUGCUGUCAGGUGCUCUGGCAGGUGCCAUCGCAGCGGCAGUGACCACCCCUCUGGAUGUGUGCAAGACCCUGCUCAACACACAGGAAUCCUUGGCUGUCAGCUCCAUGUCCUCUGGCCAAGGCCCUGGUCAAGGCCAAGGUGCCCACAGACACAUCUCAGGCUUAGCCCAUGCUUUCCGGACGGUCUAUAGGCUGGGUGGCCUGAAGGGCUUCUUCAAAGGUGUACAGGCGAGAGUCAUUUACCAAAUGCCCUCAACAGCAAUCAGCUGGUCAGUUUAUGAGUUCUUCAAGUAUGGACUCACUAAACAUCAACAUAACAAGAGGAGAACACAGACACAUCUGGAGGCAGAGAUGUAAACCAGUUUCUGUUCAUCAGUGUAAUCUGCAUUACCUGUUCUUCCUCUCUCAGGUAAAGCCAAUGAAAACAUGUUAGGCACCACCGUUUCACAUAAACCUGAAUAAGUUUUUCUGACUAAGAAAUCAUUUGCACAGUAUUAGGUUUUUGGUGUCUAUAAGCCAUUUUAAACGCACAUUUGUUCAAACUGAAUAAAUAUCAAACACGCACAAGCUUAAUAGUUGUAUAUUGUUCCAGCAGAGGGCAGUAAUAGACUAUAUUAGUGUAUUAACUUUGCUAUCACGGUUUGAACCUCUAGUUUUUGUGGUAAAUACAGACAAAUCCAAAGCCUGUUGUUAUUUACAAAUCUAAUGUAAAUGUGAAUUAAAUAGUAUAAAAUUAAACAGAGAAAGCUAAUGCAACACAAUGUGUGAAUGCAAAACAUUGAAAAUGUUUUUCUCUAAUAGGAAUGACUGAGGAAUCUUUAUGCCGUUUUUCCCUUUAUGCCUGUAUUUGGCAGGACCUACAGCAGUGUUACAGUGGUUUCUUUGGCUUAUAAUUAAUUGCGAAGAUACUAUUGUGAACAACUACUGAAUUUUCAUAUACUUUGUAUCCUAUGUUAGCGGAAUUUUGAAGCUGUCAUUCUUUUCAGCCAUCUUUGUUUCUGACACUGAAUUGCACUGGCUUAAUAAAUUAUGCACAGUGGA